GUUUGUUCGAAGAGAUGUGCAAGUUUUCUAUUGAAGUUUUGCAGGGUUAUUACAGGUCAGAAAACUGUGUCAUGGUCUGAGAUCACAAGACUAUAUUACAACGACAAGGUUUGAAAGGUACACUACUGUAUUCCAAAGAUGGCGCCCGCUACGAAAAAAGUGGACAAGAAUAUGAACCACUCAAAAAGAAAACAAACCAACCAAAAAAGAAAACGACGGCAUGGUAGAUCAAAAAGGAUCGUCAUGGGUCACAGCUCGAACCAUAUCACUCGAAAGAUAGCUAUUAUGUUAGUCCUGGGAAUCUUACUGUUACUAGGUUUUACUGCUGCUGUGUUAACGUUUACGUUAUACCGCCCUCUAUGGUCAGAUGGAAGAGAUUACACAUCAGGAUCAUCAGAUGAACACCUCAACGAAGAACAAUGCGAGCUGCGUGAUUUAGGAGGUACAGAUCCAAUCAAUAGCACCGUACUAUAUAUUACCGAUGACGUAAUGGCAUACGUAGUACGGCCAAUAGGCUGCUCCAUUAAAUCAGCAAUUGUAAUAUUACACGAUGAGAAAGGUUUCGAAUCCGAAGCUUCCCGACAAUUGGCGAAUGACCUCGGCAUGCGCGGAUACGUCGCAGUUGUCCCUAAUAUGUUCACAGACAGCUCUAUGGCAAAUAAAUCAACUUUGCAUGACUGGUUUCAAUCGCUGAAAGAUCCAUGUAUUGAAGUUUGUGUCGAGGUUACUAUUUCAUACCUCAGGGAAGAACUCGGUGCUCUGAAUAUUGGAAUGGUGGGAUUUUCUUGGGGAGGCCAAAAAGUGGCGGCGUCCGCCGCUAUCAUAGGAAACAUUCAAGCCACUGUCAUAUUCUAUGGGUUGGAAAUUUCGCCUGAGAUGGCGCUUUCGAUGCGAGCGCCGACAUUAUUAAUUUAUGCACAAAACGAUACAAUGAUCCAUAUUUCGGACAUUUAUGCAAAUGAGGAACUACUUCGAGCAGCCAAUCGCCUCCUACCUCGCAUCGACGCAGACGACAACGGUCUGAACGGUUCUCCUGUUUAUAUUGAAGUUGUUGAAAAUAUGGGACACGGAUUUUUAAAUCAAAACGAUAUUUCGUCGUCUGAAUCAGGAUCUAAAGCAGUUAACGAUAUGUACUGGUGGCUCAAUAAAUAUUUGUCUAAGCCAAGCAUGGAACCAUAA